CAGGUACCAUGUUGCCUCAGGAGAGAGGAAGAACACCUUCCAGAAUAGCUGCGAGCUGUUCCUGGACAGCCUUGGCAGUUUGCUUACUGUUUCUUCCAGCUGCAUUUCCUCUCCAGCAAGACCGGCCCCAAGUGUUGUUAGUGUCUUUUGAUGGAUUCCGAUGGGAUUACAUCUACAGAGUACCAACUCCCAAUUUUCAUUAUGCCAUGAAGAACGGCGUUCAUGUCAAACAGGUCACUAAUGUGUUCAUAACUAAAACGUACCCUAACCAUUACACAAUGGUGACGGGUCUGUACGCAGAAAGCCACGGCAUAGUUGCUAAUGAGAUGUAUGAUCCAACUCUGAAUGAAACUUUCUCCAUGAACAGAAUGGAGAUCUAUAACUCGAAGUUCUGGGAAGAGGCCAGUCCAAUAUGGGUAACGAACCAGAUGGAAGGGCAUAAAAGCGGAGCUGCCAUGUGGCCUGGAACAGAUGUGAAAAUACACGGAGUCCUCCCUACGCAUUAUAUGCCCUACAAUGAAUCCGUUUCGUUUGAAGACAGAGUUGCUAGGCUUAUUGACUGGUUUACAUCGGAAGAACCUAUAAACCUUGGUCUCCUCUACUGGGAACAGCCUGAUGAGAUGGGUCAUAUUCUGGGCCCAGAAAACCCUCUUAUGGGACCAGUAAUUAGUGAUAUUGACAAGAAGCUCGGGUAUCUUAUAUCUGAACUGAAGAAGGCGAAGCUCUGGGGUGUGGUAAAUGUCAUAAUCACAAGUGAUCAUGGAAUGUCGCAGUCCUCCUCUGAAAGGCUCAUUGAACUUGAUCAGUAUGUGGAUAGAGAGCUUUAUAAAGUGAUUGACUAUUCUCCUGCAGUAGCGAUUUUGCCAAAAGAAGGAAAACUGGAUGAAGUCUAUGAAGCUCUGGUCAAUGCUCAUCCCAGCAUGACUGUUUAUAAGAAGGAGCAGAUUCCAAAUAGAUUACAUUACAAGCACAACAGCAAAAUUCAGCCAAUCUUAGCACUGGCUGAUAAAGGAUGGGAAAUUGUACACAAUAAGUCCGACCGUUUUCUGUUGGGUAAUCAUGGAUACGACAACAUCUUACCAGAAAUGCAUCCAAUCUUUCUGGCAUUUGGACCGGCUUUCAGAACAAAUGCCACCAAAGAAGCCAUGAAUGCUACAGACUUGUACCCUCUCAUGUGCCACCUACUUGGUAUUCCCCCCCUGCCGAACAACGGGUCGUUCCAAGAUGUGAAAGAUAUUCUUGCUGAGGUGGUUCCAAGCUGGCCUCAUCCUGAAGCCCGUGAAACAGAGUCCUAUGCUUACUUCAUAGGAGUCUCUCUUGGCGGCAUUCUUGUUCUGUUUUUCCUUUUUGUUUUUGUUAAGCAUUUAACCCGCAGCCAGAUAAAUACCAUGCGACUGCAACAUACUGAAAUUGCCCAGCCACUAUUACAAGAUUAGUAGAAUUGCUAGUGAAGGCA